CUGCACUACGGGACCCUCCUGGGCAGCAGAGCUUGUGCCCACAUGGCAGCAGCUGCCUGGGCCAGUGCCUUUCUCCAUGCUCUGCUGCACACAGCCAAUACAUUUUCCCUGCCCCUGUGCCAUGGCAAUGCCCUGGGCCAGUUCUUCUGUGAAAUCCCACAUAUCCUCAAGCUCUCCUGCUCCAAAUUCUACCUCAGGGAAGUUGGGUUCCUUGCUGUUAGUGCCUGUUUAGCUUUUGGUUGUUUUGUGUUCACUGUUUUCUCCUAUGUGCAGAUCUUCAGGGCUGUGCUGAGGAUCCCCUCUGAGCAGGGACGGCACAAAGCCUUUUCCACCUGCCUCCCUCACCUGGCUGUGGUCUCCCUGUUCCUCAGCACUAUCAUGUUUGCUCACCUGAAGCCCCCCUCCAUGUCCUCCCCAUCUCUGGAUGUGGCCCUUUCAGUUCUGUACUCAGUGAUGGCUCCAGCCCUGAACCCCCUCAUCUACAGCCUGAGGAACCAGGAGCUCAAGGCUGCAGUGAGGAGCCUGAUGAAUGGACGAUUUCAGAAACACUGA